AUAUUCGAAGACAUUGACGGAAGUGCGGACGACAAACAAAACCGAAAGUAGCCCGAUUCCGAUGCGGAAAAGUGAAAAAGUGAAAAGGGCAAGCUUGUUGUUGUGGAUCAAGAGAUUGCUUGCGGUAUUGUGCACGACUAUUAGAUUUCGAUCUAGAUCUAGGCCUGUAUGAUUUCAACAAUGCUGAUUUUUUAUUUCCUGGAAUUUUUACUCCUUAUGCUGAAGAAAUAUUCUCAGGCUAAGACCUUUUAUCUAGUAAACAUGCAAUAGUCAGCUCAUGCACUUUAGCUUUGAAGAGUUGUAACAUAGCUGUAAAGAUGUACAGGCUUCUUGAUAGAGUGAUGUUCACUCGAGGCCUCAAGCCAGGGCUCUGUCUAUUCAAAUUGCCAGUUGUUUGUGGCACUUUUCCAAGGCCGUGUGCCAGCUGGCUUGAUGCGAUGGAUGUAAGACAUUCCUCUCAAAGGGAGAGAGUUCCUUCCAUUUCCCAUGUCCCUGUGUUUAAUACUAAAAAUGUUUAUGAUUUGCUGGUGUCGAGUUUGUCGAACUGUGGUGACCCUGACUAUGUAAGGCGACAUAAAAUUAAUGAUGACGUAAUACACAACCAGAGGUCCAUACUGUUGGAAAAAAGGCAACAACAACAUCAUUUGCUACAAAGAAAUUCAGCUUCUCAAUGCGUGAGAGGGUCCCGCUGUCUGUCCACAUCAUGUCACAGACACGCCCUUCCACCUACCCUUCCUGCCGCAGCGGGCGUCUCCAGUGCUGUACCAUCGCAGCUGUUGUUCCCUGAUGUCCCAACCAUUCAAGUCGCUGAAUUUGUGAUCUCUUCCGCAUAUCACAUAACUGGUCUCCCGUGGUGGUCAACCAUUGUCCUCACUGCCUUUGUCGUGCGCAUCCUGUUGAUGAUGCCGCUGACCAUAUACACCCACCACAACAUGGCGCGGCUGCAGCGGCUGGCGCCCGAGGUGAAGGAAGUGGCGGAGCGGCUGCGGCUUGAGGUGUCCGUUGCCAUGCAGAAGUUGGGCUGGGACCAGCAGAAGGCUAGGCAGGAGUACAACAAAAAUAUGAACCGGUUGCUGCGUGAACUACAUAUUCGGGACAAUUGCCACCCUAUGAAAAAUACAGCCAGUUUCUGGCUUCAGAUCCCUCUCUGGAUCAGUGUGUCAUAUGCAUUGAGGAAUAUGUCUGUGAAGGCUGUGAACCCUGAACUAGAGAAUCACAGUGAUUUUGCUGGUUUGGCGGAGCAGGGAAUCGCUUGGUUCCCGGACCUGACACAGGUGGACAGCACCAUGAUCUUGCCGCUGAUGAUGGGAGCUGUCACGUUGUUCAACAUUGAGAUGAAUUAUCUCAGUGUGCCAGAAGUGACCAAGUACAGGCGAUAUCUGACGUAUGUCCUGCGUUCUGUCGCCCUCGUCUUCGUUCCGGUCAGCGCUUACUUGCCCAGUACCAUGGUUCUGUACUGGGUGAGCUCUGGUAUGUUUGCUGCGGUACAGAACAUCCUGCUGGAUUAUUCUCCGUUCCGUCGCCUCGUUCGACUGCCCCAGACGCCAUUUGAGAGUGGCGCGCCCUUCAGGAAUCUUUGGAGCAAGGCCAAAGCGAGAUACAAAAACUCUUAGCACCUGCUGCUGGUGAUAGAUGUAGGAUGUAUAAAUUAGUAUAAAAUAAAGAAAGCAAAUUUUGUGAUUUUUUA